AUGGCUAUGUCGACUGUUAAAGCCAGACACUUGAAGGAUGAAGACUUAGUGGGAAAAAGUGAUCCUUACAUUGAGCUUUGGCUUGAAAAAAAUUAUAAACAAAAGACUACAACAAAAAAUAACACACUGGAACCUGAAUACAACGAAACUUUCACUUUUCAUGCAGACGGACACAAACACCUUCACCUCAGAGUGGUGGAUAAGGACCUUGUUUCAGAUGAUGAGAUCGGUACAGGCAAAGUAGAUCUUGAUAAAAUUAAAGAUGGUUAUUUCGAUGAGUGGGUUAAGCUACCCGCUAUGCUCGGUUUAUCAAGUAAAGGAGAAAUCCAUUUGAAAAUUGAAACUGCUGGCUAA